UGGUUAUUAAAACAAGACAGAUUAUAUAGGUAUUCUGAUUUCUUGUAUUUUCACGCGCACUACAUUUUGAACGAAAAAGAAGACUAAGUAAACAUAAUGCGACUAAUCGUAAGUAUACAAGGAACCUGUAAAAGGUCCGAAACAUCAUGAAAUCAAAUAUAAACGCGUUAAAACCAUUCCAAAUAGUUUUAGGUUAUAUAUUCUUAUCAUAUUACGUAUGCCUACUGAAACGAAGAUUCACGAUGCGCCAUCUACUGACCGUAGUUACUACAAAUGUAAUGCAAUUACAUCGACUGCUAUGUGAAAAAUAUUUUCAGAGGAAAAUCAAAUGCCCAAAUUCAGAGGACGGUUGCUGUUUAUAUAUUAAAAUGUCGGAGUUGGAGAAACACGAAAAGGAGUGUCCAUAUAAAGAGAUGGCAUGUCCUCUUGCAGCUGUUUAUGGUCAAUGUCAAUGGCGAGGUAAACUGCCUCAAAUAUCGAAGCAUUUUAAUGAACUCCAUCCGAUUCAUUGUCAAGGUGACGUAGAUACUGAAAUGUGUUUAAGAAAUACCGAAUCACAAAUCGUAUAUUACGUGAUGUUGGGCACUUUUAAUUUUCUAUUCCACGUGAAGGUGUCUGAGUAUGACCGUAAAAUAUACAUGACAGUGCAGCUGAUCGGCACAAAUAUUAGCGCGCAGAAGUGGUCCUACGAGAUUCAUAUUUAUAACAAAGAUCAACCACGUAGAAAAUAUCAGUACACAGAUAUUUGUCAUUCAAAUAAUACCCCAUUAAUGGAUAUAUUUGCUGAUGAAAAGUGUGCUACAUUGCCGUUUGCCUUUGUAGAUACUUUUGUUAACAGAGAUAUUCUCAAUUAUAAGUUCUAUAUAAAGAAAAAUAUUGAAAGCAAACCAUCAAAUCGCCAAGGCGUCAGGCGUCGAAAUUAACUACGUCGACAUGUAAAAAUAAUGCUUGAAGUUGACAUAUUAAAUAUUAUAUAAUCAGUUUUUUAGUAUUGCGGUGAAUUUGUUAUAAUCACAGAACAUAGAGAGAGAAUAGAAGUAGUAAGUGGGCGGGGCAUGCGUCGCUGGC